AUGGGAAAGGAUUCUGAAGAAGUACAUAUUGGUAAAAUUGACGACUGUGACUCUGAUAUUCGCAAGACAGGGUUAGAAAUGGAUAUUAUAAGACAAAGAACCAUCGCUUAUGAAUACCUUUGUCGGUUAGAGGAAGCCAAGACUUGGUUAGAAGCAUGUUUAAAAGAAAAAUUGCCGGCUGCCACUGAGUUUGAAGAAAGUUUACGAAAUGGGGUCUAUCUGGCUAAGCUUGGUAACUUUAUUUCUCCUGAAUUACUCCCUAUAAACAAAAUUUACGAUAUAGACCAAAAACGAUACAAGAUUAUGGGUUUACAGUUUAAACACACUGACAAUAUAAACAAAUUUCUGCAAGUUCUUAAAAAGACUGAACUUCCUGUGACAUUUCAACCGGAAACUACUGACAUUUACGACAAUAAGAACAUGCCACGAGUAAUAUAUUGCAUACAUGCUCUUAGCUCUCAUUUGUUUAAACUUGGGAAAGCGCCACUCAUACAUGAUGUAUUUGGAAAAGUCAUAUUUACUGAUGAAGAAUUGGACUCUGUUUCAAAAGACUUACAAAAAUGCAUACACCCUCUUCCAAUGUUCCAAAAGAUUGGGGGUAUAUUAUCGAAAAGUAAUAGUGAUGAUGGUUCUAGUUUACAUACCGCUAUUGUUGAGUUAAAUCGACUUCUAGACAAAGAUAAAUCAAUAACAUCAGCUAUACUCAACCCACAAUUACAUUUAAAACAUGUUCAGAACAGAUUAAUAGAGCAGUACAAAAAAGUUUUAAAAGCUGCAAAAUUUGAGAAAAUACAAGCGGCUCAUAAUCACUCUCUUAAUGAUAGCUACGUCCCAGAUGAGUAUGACGAAUUGCUUACUCUUGUUGAAAUCCAAGGACACAUAACUUCUGUUAAUUACAAAUAUUUAUGGAAAAGCUUGUGCUCAUCAUCUCAAAGCGGAGAUAUUAAUACUAUACAUAAAAUAUUUAAUGAAGAUUGGGUAAAAAUAAGUAAUUACAAUUCUGAAAAUGUGGAUUUCUACUGUGACGUUGUCAAAGAAAUAAAUGAAUGCAAUAAAGAUAUUGACGUUGAGAGUGUUACAAAUUGGCAUAAAAUAUUUCAAAAUAUUAUCAAUGAAGGCAACCGUAAAUCCUCUGAUCACAUGGUCCAUAAAAUGGCUAUAAAUGAUGUUAACAAAGCUUUAGACGAGGGAACACCUGAAGACUUAUAUGAUGCUUUAAAUAAUCCCCAUUUAGAGUUAAACUUUAAAGUUCAAAGGUAUGCAAUCCCACUCUUGUAUGAAGAAAUGAAAUUGGAAAAAUAUGAAUUGGAAAAAAGUUUAAAUGAAAGUGAAAUAGCGGCAUCCGUAAGUUAUUUACUGGCUAUAGCUACCGUUUCCGAAGCGGUAGAUAGGGGUGAUGAUCUAGCAGUAUGGAAUACUCUGAACUCAAACCAAAUACACCUUGAAGGCUUGCGUCCACAUUGUCGACGUCGUUACUUAGCUGCUUUAGGAACUGCACUGGAGGUAAAAAUAAGAGAACAGUGUGCCUGUCCCCUGUUAACUUUGGAUGAUAUCAGGGACUCUAUUGAUAUGGUAAAUAUGAAAGAUGAUGACAAUGAGGAAUUGGUGUCUGUAAUAGAACAUAUAAAUAAAGCAGUAAUUGAAGAGGAUGAGGAUACUUUAAUGAUUCUGUUAAAGCACGCCUGUUUGAAAUUGCCUACACAGUUACAAAAAGAGGAGAGUCAUCUUUGUUUGCGUAUGUUAAAAAAAGUCUUAAUCAGGAAAGAAUCACAAAACCUUUGGUUUGAUGAUAUUAUUCAAACCAUCAAUGAAGUUUGUUUGGAAUCACAAAAUGUAAAAGACCUUACCGAGUCAUUAGUCCAACUAAACCUGGCUGUUUUGAAGAAUAAUUUACAAGAAUUUUGGAAUGCUCUUUCACAUCCAGUUUUAACAACCGCUAAAGUAAUUGAGAGCUCCUGCAAAGAAGUAUAUUUUCAAAUGUUUUCGAAAGCGUUAAAGAAGAGAGGACAUAACAUUUGCCCAUGGAUUGUAUGUCACACAAAUGCCGGGAAUACAGUAUAUAUUGAUGUGGAAUCUUAUGCCUACAACUGGACUACGCCUAAGGAUUUUGUCCCCUAUGCUCGUUAUUUGACCAGAAGGGAUGUUAAAGCUCUAAUCGAAAAAACAAAUAAAUAUCAUGUCAAUAAAUAUAUGCAAUCUGUUUUGGAGAACACAUUCACGAAGCUUCAAGCAUACUGUAGAGGGUAUUUAGUAAGGAAAACUAUUAAUGACCGACUUAAGUUUUAUGAAGAUAAUGAACUAUAUAUUAUCAAAAUUCAAGCAUGGUGGAGAAAAACUGUUAUUGAGAAGAAAUACGCCACUUUAAUAAAGAUGAAAGCUAUAGAAGCGAGGCUCAAACGCGAAAGAAUAGAAAAUCCAAUGGCAUGGUAUAAAAUUCAGGAAUGUAAAAUAAUAAAAAUCCAGGCGCUUUGGCGUGGUCGACGUGCUCGUCAAGCAUUCACGGCAUUGUUUUACUCAUCCAACCCACCACUAAAAGUUGUAAAGAAAUUUGUACCCAUGCUAGAUUUUUCAACAGAAGAUUAUGAUCGGGAAAUAGAAUUGCAAUCAUUAAAGUCUGAAGUCGUGCAGUCUAUCAGAAAGAACCAGGAACUCUCUAAGCAGUUGGAUGAUAUGGACCUAAAGAUAGGGCUUCUUGUUCAAAACCGCAUAGCUUUACAAGAAGUUGCUGCACAUGGGUUAAAAUUGAAUAAUUUAGUGAAGCAUAAUUCAAUGACGAAGUUAGUAUUGGAAAAACAUUCUGACGGUAAAGGAUCUUUGAUCACCGUUUCGACGGCCGUAAAAGGAUUGAAGUCUCUGACCAAGGAAUGCAAACGACUUCUAGAUGGCUAUCAACAUCUCUUUUACGAGUUGCAAACAAAUCCCACCUACUUAUCAAAACUUUUAUUCUGUAUUCCGCAGAAUAAAACGAAUGUUUUUCUACAAAAUGUAAUAUUUAGUUUAUACAAUUAUGGAGCAUAUGCUAGAGAUGAAUAUUUACUCUUAAAACUAUUCCGAUUUACUUUAGAAGAAGAAAUAAGCUGUAAAGUUGUGAAACCAUCUGAUAUAAUUGCAUCAACACCUUUGGUACUUAAAAUGGCUGUGAGUCUAUCGAGGCAGCUGUCUGGAUUAAACAGUCUGCAAACCAUAAUUGGUCCACUUGUAAAUAAAAUGUUAAAAGAUAAAGAGCUGAACAUAGAAACAGGGCCAGUGGAGAUUUAUAAAGCUUGGAGAAAUGAGACAGAAAUGAAAUCUGGGAAAAUAUCGAAUUUACCAUACACUGUAAGCCAAGAAGAAGCCUUGACUUAUUCAGAAGUAAAGACGCGGUUGGAAAAAGCUCUCAAGCAACUUAAAACUGUAGUUAACAUGUUUCUGGAUGAAAUUAUUAAUUCUACAGAACUUCUUCCUUUUUGUAUCACUUACAUGGCACGAGUUUUACAUAGGGCUCUAACAUCAAAAUUUCCUCACACUCCCGAAAAAGAUAUCUUGAAGGUAAUCGGCAAUCUAGUGUAUUAUCAGUUCCUCAAUGCUGCCAUAGUAGCUCCUGACGCAUUUCACAUCAUCAGCUUACCUAACGGUACUGCACUUACGACUGAUCAACGCAAGAAUUUAGCCUCGGUGGCUAAAAUACUCCAUUUCUCUGCAGCGAAAAAAGGCUUCGGCGAGGAAUCGAGUCAUCUCCGGUGCUUAAAUCCAUUUAUCGUGGAAUGUCAUGAAAAAAUGAAGGACCUAUUUCGCCGAUGUUGCCGUGGUCCUACACUGGAAGAAUACUUCGCCGUCGAUGAGUAUACUGAGGCGACAUUAAUCCAUCAUCCCCAUAUCUAUAUCACAGUGCAGGAAAUCGUUGACACCCACGCACUUUUAAUUGAAUAUCAAGACAUUAUAGCGGCAGAUCCUCGUGAUCGACUUAACGAACUAUUGGACGACUUGGGAGAUGUUCCCACAGUAGGACAGUUAGCUUCAAGAGAUAUUGACACAAUCGGAAACACUACCGAGGAAAAUGCCAGAUUAGAAGUAUGCUUGGCUCUUAUGAACAAAUUCCAGGCACCUUCAGACGAUUUGACUGAUUUGAACAAACUUUUUAUCAAAACUAAGGAGUUAUGUGUGUCUGUAAUUCCAUUUUUAAACGGUGAGCAUCUUUUGGAGGCGUUAUGUAUUGGUACUACCAAAGCACAACAAGAUCAGUACAAUGAAAGAAUUCAGAAACGAAUUUAUUCCGGUCAAGCGCGACAGGAUGAAGUAAUGACCCUGCGUGAACACAUUACUAAGUUGCGCAAAAAUUUACAAAUGCUUGAAGAUGAAGGUUACGUGACGCGUGAAGACGGUUAUCAAGCAUUAGUGACUUCUAUUGCUCUGGAUUUGUGUAAUAAAGGCAAAUAUAGGCAAGCUCAGAGAAGAGCUCUUGCUACCUUGACACGUACUAAACAAAGUUUAAUAGAAAAAACAAAGUACUAUGAGGAAAAAUGCAAAUCCUAUGAUCAAUAUAUAAAAUCGUGUCUAGCUAAUCUUCACACAGGCAAAAAAAGUGUUCAUGCCUGCUUGAGGAGAUCAGGCAAGGAUAUUCAGAAAUUGAAAUCUAAAUUAACUGUUAAAUAUUCCGGCUCUAAGUUACUAGAGAGAGGUGUUCUUCUAGAGAUAGAUGGUCUCUCACCUUCACAAUUCAAAAAUGUACAGUUUGAAAUUACUCCAACGGACCACAAUGGCGUCUUCACCAUUAAAGGUAAAUUCAUGGGUGUUGAAAUGGAAACCAUAGAAGUAGAUAUACAAGAUUUAUUACAAAAACAAUAUGAAGGUUGUGCAGUCAUGGACAUGUUUGGAAAGGCAAAAAUUAAUGUUAAUCUCUUAAUAUUUUUAUUAAAUACAUUUUAUUGUGAAUAUCUUAUUUAUUACAUUGUAGCUGCACAGUGUUCUUGGCCUAGUAUAGAAAAUGCUGAGUCUACACACACACCACUAAAGGCCUUCAUUUUGUCUGACACACAUUUAUUGGGUCCACGAAAAGGACACUGGCUUGACAAAUGGAGACGGGAGUGGCAGAUGCACCAAGCCUAUAUGGCUAUAUUAACAAUACACAAACCAGAUGUGGUUUUUGUUUUAGGUGAUCUAUUUGAUGAGGGAGAGUGGAGUAACAGCAGACAGUUUAAAUUUUACGUGGAUCGAUUUCAUGAACUGUUUCCUAUCCCGGAGGAUUCUGAUACUGUUAUGCAUGUUGUUGCUGGCAACCAUGAUAUAGGUUUUCAUAAAUUCAUUAGAAGGGACAACGUUAAAAGAUUUGUAAAAAUGCUUAAUAGUUCAAUAGUUGAGCUUAUAAGUCUAAAAGAAAACCACUUUGUGCUUCUCAACUCUAUGGCAAUGGAAGGGGAUCGGUGCAAUAUGUGUGUUCAAGCCAGAAAUGAUAUAAACAAAAUAGCAGAAAUAUUAACAUGUGCUGAAAACCCAAUGAUCUGUGACAAGAGCACUAGGAAAAUUAACUACAGUAGACCAAUACUUAUGCAGGUAAGGAAUAAGGUUUAUUUUUCUUUCAAAUGCAUUAGAAGGGACAACGUUAAAAGAUUUGUAAAAAUGCUUAAUAGUUCAAUAGUUGAGCUUAUAAGUCUAAAAGAUAACCACUUUGUGCUUCUCAACUCUAUGGCAAUGGAAGGGGACCGGUGCAAUAUGUGUGUUCAAGCCAGAAAUGAUAUAAAUAAAAUAGCAGAAAUAUUAACAUGUGCUGAAAACCCAAUGAUCUGUGACAAGAGCACUAGGAAAAUUAACUACAGUAGACCAAUACUUAUGCAGCAUUUUCCAUUGUACAGAUUGUCCGAUGCAGUUUGCAGUGGACAUGAUGCACCUCCAUUUCCGGAAAGGGACAAACUUUUUCGUCCAAAAUGGGAAUCAUUAUCAUUGGAAGCCACAAACUUUCUUGCAAAUAAAAUUAAGCCGAGAGCAGUGUUUGGUGGUCAUACACAUCACGGAUGUUUGCUACAUCAUACUUAUACAGAUCCAGAACUUUUCGAAUUUUACGAAUACUCAGUUCCUUCGUUUUCUUGGAGGAAUAGGCAUAAUCCUAAAUACAUGCUGGUAAGUAUAACCCCAAAGAACUAUUCAGUAAGCAAAUGUUCGCUCCCACAAGAAACGACUAUCGCAAUAUGUGCGGUUUUGAUGCUGUUUGUGGUGAUACUCCAGACAAAAGGAAGAUGGCAUAGUAUAUGA